AUGUCGACCCAUCCAGACGGCUUUAUUCCCCUCGGACAUGGCGCAUUUCUCGUCAAGGGAAAGGAAUCAAGUAAUGAAUUACAUCCAACCCUCGUGUUAAUCUUUGGAUGGACCCACGUUGCAAAGUUUAGUGCACUCUACAAGCAACUCUUCCCAUCCGCCGACCAGAUUGUCGUCGCUUCCACAAAUGACAUUCUAUGGCGUACAAAGCCCGCCCUUACCAGCUCAUUGCGCUCGACGUCGUGGGACCGACGGCGACCACACCGUAUCCUCACUCAUACAUUCUCUAACGGCGGAAACAUUCGACUCGACCACCUUUCCUCACUUCUCAAACGAUCCAACCUAUCCGUCUCUCCACAAACACUCAUCCAACCAAGUGCAUUCAUCAUCGACAGCGCUCCAGGCGGGCUUAUCCCAUCACCCUUUCUCCGUUACCCAACCCUCGCAAUCCUCCUCCUCUACUACUGGGCAUCCCUCAUUGUCACACUCUCCACUCGACGCUACUUUGAUCCUCUGCGAGAUGCCCUCCUCUCCCGCAACUGGGUCCCUUGGAUCACCUCACCCGCGCAAACCGCCACCACGCCUACCCAGUGGCUCUUCAUCUACUCCAAAAGUGACGUUACUGUCCCCUAUCAAGACGUCGACGAAAUGGUCGCCCGUGCAACGUCAAAGGGCAAUAUCCUGAUCGAUACACUCAACAAGUCUUGGCUCAUUGGCAGCGUGCCAUGGCUUCGGCUCAAAAAUCAGCCUCCUGACGACAAUAAGCAUUUUGCGACAUGA